GUACGUGAAUCAUACGUUAUUUUCCGAGCGCGAGAUCGCGCGUCCCGCCGCGCGGGCGUCGCGACGACGCUUUUCCCCUCUCGCGUAAUGUCGCCUCAUCCGAAACGGGGAUCGAGAGGCCGAUACGCGUACGUACACCUUCGAUGGGUUCGAAUUCCCGGCUUGUCGACGCUUGGAGCGAUCGGUCGCGAGGAAAAAUGAGGAAAUGUAGAUGGAGAUUUCCGUGACUCCGAAAUUAUAUUCACUGGUGUCGAUUCCCGAUUAUUAUUAUUCUUCUUUUUUUUUUGUAUUCCUCGCGGAGGCGAUGGUACGCCGAUGAUUGGUACGCGAUAGACAGGCGACCUUCCAUCGAUCGCGGUUUACGCUAACCCUUCUGAAAUUCAUGGAAUGUAUAUAUAGCAUGUAUGUACAUACAACGGUGUACGGUAUGUUACAGUGAAGGCAUGAAAUUAGGUUAAAUAAAGUCAAAUUGCACGGAUUCAAUUAACAAAACACUUGUGUUAAUGGGAUAUGCAGUUUGCAGAGUUUACGUUAAUUGGCACGCCUUCAAGGCGUUUCAAUUCUACCUUAGUAAAUAGCCUUCCUAAGGACUUGGUUGUUCGUAAGAUGAGUAGGAACAACGAAAGUGGUAUAUCGUUAGCGACGCCGCCAGCGAUCCACGUUGGGCCUAUCGUCACCCCAGGGUCCAACGAAACCAUUUCCAUCGUGAUACCGUUAUCAGCGCAGCUGACCACAAUGGCUAGUCAGAAAGCCGACAAGAAUUGCAAGGAUUGCGGCAAAGAUACGAAACGACCAGUCCCAGCUGCCAAUCCUACUCGAAGUCCGAGGAACGACAGAACGAAAGGCUGUCCUUUUCCCACAUGUGCGCGGUACGGACGGGCAUUCUCCAGAGCGCACGAUUUGAAGCGGCAUAUAAUUCGGCACACGCGUAAGGAGAAGCUGCAGCAAACUGACCAACAGAAAGUCGAUAUCGAAAACACAGCGAGCGAAGCGACUUUACGAGGCGCCCUUCUGCGCGGCACGGAAGACAAGGGUGGAUAUCCCUGUCCGCGAUGUAAGAAGAGGUACAAUGAUGAGGAUAAGCUGAAAGCCCAUUUGGCCUCACAUGGCAAAACAACGUCAAAGAACAGUCACUUGAAACAUGAGGAGCAUAGGAAUAUGCUGCAGAGUCAAGUCAGUCAAGUGAUGAUGGAUAAGUCCUCAGCAACGAAAAAUUCUGCUGAGGACGACUUCCUUCUGGAGGAGAUGCUGUUGCUAAAGAAGGAUCCUCGAAGGGCAGAUAAGAACGAUUCGAAGAUCAGGUGCGAUUACUGUUCAAAGACUUUCAAAACCAAAUGGACUCUGAGCUCGCACGUGGCCGCUCACGAAGGCCGUUUCCAGUUUGAUUGCGGUCAAUGCGGUAAGAAAUUCGUCAGAAAGAGCCACUACGAGGGUCAUGUGCGCUCUCAUGAAGCCGCCAGGCCGUACUCCUGCGAGCAGUGCGGUAAAACGUUCAAAGAGCUCAAGCACCGUCGCGAACAUACCAAGAGAAAGCAUCCCAGUAACCAGAGCGCAAUACAGAGUCUGUUAGAUAGCAUUGGACCCUGCGCGGCCGAAGAGGCGAACAUUGAUCAGGCCAAAUUCACAUUGCUAAUGCCGGUAAAUUUUGGCGCAUAAGAGUCGGAGAGGCCUUUGUCGUCUAGAAAGAUUACUAUGGAUCCUUCAUGUUCAACUAAUUGUAAGAGUUUGACGUCUUGAGAACUUUCGGAUCGACGGGAUCCAGAUUCUUUUUUAUGUUGCAUCCUUUUGGGCCUUUGGUACCUCGGCUUUUUGGAACUUGGGAUGCUUAGAUCCUUGGAAUGUUGGUUCUUUUUCCAGAAGAUGGAACCUCUUUGAAACUUUGAAUGCUUGGAAAGUCGGAUUCUUACUUUGGAUCCUUGGAAUUUUGGUUACUUGAGAGAUGGAAUCUUGAAAUUGAAUUUCUUGAAAAUUAAAAUUUGUAAUUUAAAAUUUUAAACUUAUUUUCAAAUUUAUGAAAUUUUGGAUUAACAUCUUAUAUAUUUAGAUCUUUGGAUCCUUCUUUUGGAUCUUUAGAAUUCUGAAGGCUUUAAUGAGAGAGAAUUUACUUGAAGUUCUCACGAUUCCAGUGUAUCUCAACGACCAGAAAGUAAUAUGUCCAAACCUCAACUUUUUCAAGUUGGAUGACAAACAAGAAUUUAAUUGACUUUAAUAAUUAACAAAUCAAAAUCAUGUGAACAUUAUGCUGAUUAUAUUCAAUUAUUCUAUACUUUACGAAAAAUAUAUAUAUAAAAAUAAAUCUUAAGCAAGAGAAA